UUCUCUCCGCUAAUUUCUCGUGUUCCUGCUAAAGCCUUUGCUGAAUUCCACGGUGUGCUUGAUGGGGAUGGCUUGGAAUUAUGUGCCUUUUUUUGGCUAUCUAUUGCUUUUUUUUGCCGUGAUUGGUGGGCUUUCAUUAGGCCAUUUAGCCGCUGAUGUUCAGGGAGAUAAUGAACUGCUUGGUCGACAAAGACCAUCGGAUUUGCAUGUUGGCAUCAAACUUUUCUUGAAUUUCAAGCAAUGAUUGAAUUGCACAGCGAAUUUCCAUAUUCAUCUCUCUUUUGCUUUUCACGAUUCGUGUGGAAAGACAGCCAAAAGAAAAAGGUUGAUAGGAACAUAAAGGUAAUUUUUAGACAUCUGUGGCCAUGAAGUACAAGGAUAAGGAUGGGAAACCAUGGACGCAAUCGGAUAAGAAGGCCAGGGUCGUUCCCUUGACGAUUUUGCUCGUCGUGCUAUGUGGUAUUUCCUUUUAUUUAGGGGGAAUUUUUUGCUCUUGGAAGGACAGAUUCGAGUCUGUUGAAGUCCAAGAUGUUGCGAAAUCAGUCUCAUCUCCUAAGGAAUCAACAGCUUCCCCUCUACAGAUUAAAUCUGUUUCGUUCCCUGAAUGCAGCAGUGACUACCAAGAUUAUACUCCAUGCACCGAUCCAAGGAGGUGGAAGAAGUACGGCACUCAUCGCCUUACUUUCAUGGAACGCCACUGCCCUCCAAUUUUUGAAAGGAAGGAGUGUUUGGUUCCACCACCAGAUGGUUACAAGCCACCCAUCAGAUGGCCGAAGAGCAGAGAUCAGUGUUGGUACAGAAAUGUACCAUAUGACUGGAUCAACAAGCAAAAAUCCAACCAGAACUGGUUAAGGAAACAAGGGGACAAGUUCUUUUUUCCUGGUGGCGGUACUAUGUUCCCGAGGGGUGUCAGCGCGUACGUUGACUUGAUGCAAGAUCUGAUCCCCGAAAUGACAGACGGGACCAUCCGAACUGCCAUAGAUACUGGGUGUGGGGUUGCAAGCUGGGGAGGCGAUCUGUUAGAUCGUGGUAUUCUUACCGUUUCUCUUGCGCCAAGAGAUAAUCACGAAGCUCAAGUCCAGUUUGCGUUGGAACGUGGAAUUCCAGCUAUACUUGGCAUCAUAUCUACUCAACGUCUUCCUUUCCCUUCAAACUCAUUUGAUAUGGCUCAUUGCUCGAGAUGCCUUAUUCCAUGGACAGAAUUCGGUGGAAUUUACAUCCUAGAAGUGCACCGAAUACUACGUCCUGGAGGAUUCUGGGUCCUGUCCGGUCCACCUGUCAACUAUGAAAACAGGUGGAGAGGAUGGAACACGACAGUGGAAGAGCAGAAAUCAGAUUAUGAGAAGUUGCAGGAUUUGCUGUCUUCGAUGUGCUUCAAAUUGUACAGCAAAAAGGACGACAUUGCUGUGUGGCAGAAAUCUUCCGACAACACUUGCUAUGAUAAGCUUGCCGAUCCUGAUGCAUACCCACCAAAAUGUGAUGAUAGCCUCGAGCCGGAUGCGGCUUGGUACACUCCACUUCGAACUUGUGUCGUGGUCCCGAACCUGAAGCUAAAGAAGUCAGCUCUGGGAUCGUUACCUAAAUGGCCUGACAGGUUGGGGGUUGCACCGGAACGUGUUUCAGACGUUCAUGGCGCGAGCAGUAGUAGUGAUUUUAAACAUGAUGAUAGUAAAUGGAAGGUGCGGAUGAAGCAUUACAAGAAGUUGCUUCCGGCUAUUGGCACUGACAAGAUAAGAAAUGUCAUGGACAUGAAUGCUGCCUAUGGAGGUUUUGCUGCUGCUCUGAUUGAUUAUCCAUUGUGGGUCAUGAAUGUGGUCUCAUCAUAUUCGGCGAACACGCUUGCUGUGGUUUAUGAUCGAGGGCUUAUUGGAGCUUACCACGACUGGUGUGAGGCCUUUUCGACAUACCCUCGAACCUAUGAUCUUCUUCACCUUGAUGGUCUUUUUACUGCAGAAAGCCACAGAUGUGAGAUGAAGUAUGUGCUUCUGGAGAUGGAUCGGAUCCUGCGUCCAGACGGUUAUGCGAUCAUUCGGGAAUCCAGCUACUUUGUGGAUGGUAUUGCGACACUAGCAAAGGGAAUGAGAUGGAGUUGCCGCAAAGAAGACACCGAAUAUGGAGUCGAGAAAGAGAAACUACUAAUAUGCCAAAAGAAACUCUGGUAUUCAUCUGACUCCAAUUCAAGGUGAAGGUAUCAUGAAGUUUGAUUGGAAGCAAAUUGGCAAUACUUCAAUUAGGAGGGCCUGAGCGUUCUCACAAGGUUGAAGUGUUGAGGAUAUGAAUCAAUGCCAUACACAGUAUACAGUACACAGAGAUUUAGAUUAUUCUUCUCACCGGUGAAGAACCCUUAACAGUCAAAUUUUAAAGUCCAAUAAAUAGUCAACAAAUCAAUAUUGUGAUUUUGUUAAUCUAUAGUUGGCCCUUUACUAUGGGAAAUAUAUUUAAGAGGAAUUUCGGCUUGUGUUUUUUGUCUUGCUAAUUUUGCUCCCUUUUUAUUUUCCCAUCUUUUGAUUCGCCGGUGAAUAAAUUUCCGUCCGCAAUCGGAGGAUAGUAUAAACAUGUGUAAAGGUUGAGAAAUUCAACCUUAUAUAGCCUGUAUGUUUUCAAGUACAAUCAGUCAUAAAAUUUUAUAUUCCUUCA